AGUGUUGUAUCACGCUUGGGGUAGGUUGCACGUGCGCGCCAUACGAAGUUGACUUUCGUAAUUUGUGUUGUGUAGUGUUAGUGUAUAAUAACUGAUGUCCUGAAGAUGUAGAUAUGUACGCGCCGGCCACAGCGGCGCUAUUGCUAGCCGCGCUUACUGCUCUUCCCUGCCGAGGGACCGAUGCUGACACAACACUUCUGAACGAAAAACGGGAAGUUACCCCGCCAACUAUAAACAAAUUCUAUCAAAUGCUGCACGGCACACUCAACGAAACAAAACCUCGUAACUUAAAUAACUCCCUUAACUUUAUGCAUAGUUUCGAAUCUAAUCUAAAGUAUCCCACUGCUAUUGAUAAGUUUCAAGAAUGCUGUCACAGUGGCGUACCAGCUGAAAAUACUGCAAAUGAAACCAAAAGUUUAAACGGUGCUUUAAGUCCUUAUUUAGACAAGGACAGGAAACAUAGAAAGAGACGGGUCGAAUAUAUUAUCCGGCCGAUUGAAAAUGUCUCUAUACAUGACCGAUAUGAAGUGACCACUCGGUCGUUUUUAACUCCCUCCCCUUUAGCUUUGGAAAGGAGGAAGAAGCCGGGGGAGACGGGAUCGAGUGCGCCAUUGCUCAAUUAUAUAUUUGAUACGUAUUCAAAUACACAUCAACAUAGAAAUGACAGGGCUGGUCUCGGAAAUAGUAUAUACGUAGCAGCGGCUCCUGAGAUCGAGGCUCUGGUGGGCUCCACGGCAUACAUGGACUGUAAAGUGGACGCCUUGCACGAUAAACUGGUAUCGUGGGUUCGUCGGAAAAGCGAUGAAGCACCCAUGGAGCUUCUCACUACAGGAACACAACUUUACACAGCUGAUGACAGGUAUUCAGCCCGCUUCAUUCCGCCUGACAUUUGGAGGUUAGAAGUGAAGUCAGUGAGACCGACAGACGCGGCCUUCUAUGAUUGUCAGCUGUCCGCCCAUCCGCCGCGGACCGCGCGGGUCACUUUGAGGGUGCCUGAAGUGUCAGUGAAAAUAGUUGACGGUGCUGGCGCCGUGGUCUCCGAGCAGGUGUGUGAAGUUGGUAGCACUGUAGCACUACGCUGUGAAGUCAGAGGUCUCAAGAUGGAGGGUGGUCCCUCGCUGUUGUGGCAUCGGAGGGAGUUCCUACUUAACGAUGAUACAACUAGAGGUGGAAUUAGUGUACGGACGGAAUUCGGCGCGAACGGCGCAAACUCCGUGCUGCGGGUGGCGCGCGUGCGCGGUGACGACGCGGGCCGCUACUCCUGCAGCGUGUCACGCGCGCCGCCGCCUGCGCCGCAGCCCGCGCAUGUCAUGCUGCAUGUUAUAAAAGGUGAGAGUCUAGCUGAGCUGCAUCAAGGCGUCAAUUCAAACAGACUGGACUGCUUGGCUCUCGUCGCCUCGCUGGCGAUAUGCGUCGUUUUACAAGCUAUCUACAUUGUUUAAAAAUAAACUAU